GGAUUGUCUCAAACUGCUAGUCUCCAGUCAAGAGAAGAAUUGAUGAAAGUAUCUGGAAGGAUAGAAUGUGAAGGACCCAACCGUCAUCUUUACGACUUCAGUGGAAACUUGCGCUUAGAUGGUCAAAGCCCAGUUCCUGUUGGUCCAGACCAGAUCCUGCUAAGAGGUGCACAACUGAGAAACACUCAGUGGGUCUUGGGUAUUGUUGUGUAUACAGGACAUGAUACAAAACUCAUGCAGAAUUCAACCAAAGCACCUCUGAAGAGAUCAAAUGUGGAGAAAGUGACCAACAUGCAGAUCCUGGUUUUGUUCUGUAUUCUCCUGGUGAUGGCCCUUGUGAGUUCUGUAGGUGCCUUAUUAUGGAAUAGAACACAUGGUGAAGUCGUCUGGUAUCUUGGCUCCAACAAAAUGCUGUCUGUCAACUUUGGAUACAAUCUGCUGACGUUUAUAAUCUUAUACAACAACCUUAUUCCAAUCAGUCUUCUGGUGACAUUGGAAGUUGUCAAGUUUACUCAGGCUCUUUUUAUAAAUUGGGACAUAGAUAUGUAUUAUCCUGAAACAGAUACACCUGCAAUGGCCAGAACCUCAAACCUGAAUGAGGAACUUGGGCAGGUGAAAUACCUGUUUUCUGAUAAAACAGGUACUCUAACAUGCAAUAUCAUGAACUUUAAGAAAUGUAGUAUUGCUGGAGUGACAUAUGGUCACUUUCCCGAGCUGGAAAGAGAACGUUCAUCAGAAGACUUCAGCCAGCUACCUCCUUCUACCAGUGAAUCGUGUGAAUUUGAUGACCCAAGACUGCUGCAAAACAUUGAAAAUGACCAUCCCACAGCUGUGCACAUACAGGAGUUCCUCACUCUGCUGGCUGUGUGUCAUACUGUUGUUCCUGAGAGACAAGGAAAUACAAUAAUCUACCAGGCCUCCUCUCCAGAUGAAGGGGCAUUAGUGAAAGGAGCGAAGAAACUCGGUUAUGUCUUCACAGGACGGACUCCACAUUCGGUUAUCAUUGAUGCGCUGGGAAAAGAAAAAACCUUUGAAAUUCUUAAUGUGCUGGAGUUUUCCAGCAACAGGAAGAGAAUGUCAGUGAUUGUUCGAACUCCAGCGGGACAGCUGCGUCUCUACUGCAAAGGGGCUGAUAAUGUAAUUUUUGAGAGGCUUUCGAAAGAUUCCCAGUAUAUGGAGCAAACACUGUGCCAUCUUGAAUACUUCGCAACAGAAGGUCUGCGGACUUUGUGCAUUGCGUAUGCAGACCUGUCAGAAAACUGUUACAGAGAGUGGUUGAAUGUCUACAAUGAAACCAGUACAGUUUUGAAAGACAGAACUCAGAAGCUGGAGGAAUGCUAUGAGAUCAUUGAAAAGGAUUUACUGCUUCUUGGAGCUACAGCCAUUGAAGACCGCCUGCAAGCAGGUGUUCCAGAAACAAUAGCCACGCUAAUGAAGGCAGAAAUUAAGAUAUGGAUUCUGACGGGAGACAAACAGGAAACAGCUCUCAAUAUAGGGUACUCUUGCAGACUCAUUUCACAGAGUAUGUCUCUCAUCCUGGUCAAUGAAGAUUCACUAGAUGUAAGUAAGCAAAUUUAG